UUCACCGGUUAGACCAGCUGUGGGAGUGGUGCUGAUUCACCGGUUAGACCAGCUGUGGGAAUGGUGCUGUUUCACCGGUCAGACCAGUUGUGGGAGUUGUGCUGUUUCACCGGUCAGACGUACCAUGACAUUGCAGUUUGGUUUGUGACCUGCCAGUAUAAAAGCUCUGGUGCAAGAGGUUUGUCUACAUACAUCCGACAACAUGAAGGUUCAACUUCUCACGCUGCUGCUCCUGCUGUGCAGCACUCAAGUGCUCACACUCAGAUGCUACACCUGUGGAGGUAUCUGGAACUGCAAUGCGCAGACAGAGUGCCCGGCAUCAGCUCAGUACUGCAAGGCCGUGUGGCUCGGUGAACAAUUUGAUCGAACUUGUGAGGAAUAUUGUGUCGAAGAUGAAUACACAUAUUGCUGCCAAGAAGACCUCUGCGGCCCAGAAAUCAACCCUCAGCGCUGAUUUUCGCUUUCUGAAAAAUUAAAUGGAUAUAUAAAAAAAAUGUAUUACUUAAAUCUAAAUCAGAUCAAAGAUGAUUUUUCUAUCCUGUUUUGCUUUUAAUGUCAUUAAACUCCACAAA